AUGACGUCCAACGGUGAUACGCACAUGCCUCCGCGCGGCGCUUCACCCCCCAUCGGCUCGCCGCGGUCCCUGUCCGUCUCGCUACAGGCCGCCGCUACUCUCAAUGCCGGCAUCCAGCGUGAGCACGAUGCCCCUCGUCGGCUCCCAGUCGCCUACCGGCCGGAGACGAUCUGCCGUGCUCAUGAACCUCCACCUCAACGACCCUGCCCUUUCCCGGCCCCGGCGAGAUGGUGGGCCGAGGAACAGCCCGGUCGCCACAACCAAGCCUCGAGCCCCAAACCCGAGCGCGGGCGUCUUGCCCUCCGCCAGCCCUCAGCCCAUUUCGAGCUCGCCGCACCUGAUUCAGGGCGGCGACCCCCAUCACAACCGCUUUGA